AUGUAUGUGUGAACCAUAGAUAUAGCAAGCAUUCGAAGGGUAAUCAGGGAAACAAGAUCAAAUGAAAUAAAGCAGGCGAAUCAACUGAUUGAAUCGAAUGAAAACUGGAGACGAAACUACGAGGUAUCAUGACUUGUUGGAUAUGAAAUUGACAAGCAAAGGAAUUUUUUUUUUUCACGAAGGACAAAGAGCACCAUCAACCAUGUUUUCUCAACAAUGAGUUCAUGGUGAUAAUGAAACUAUGGAAAAUUUAUUCUUGUUCAAUGACAUUGAAUUUUGAAGUCACAGGAGGGUUUUCUUUAACUUUGAAAGCAGAAUUUUAUCCUAAUCAUUCAGAAGAUCCACACACUUUUCAGCCCCGGCCAUUUCGCAUUUAUUCAAUCACUCAGUCAAAGCAACAACCUCAUGGAAAUCCCUUUUUUACCGACUGCAUUUGGAUUCCCGCCAGUCUUUAGUGCAUUACUAACAAAACUUUUCUUUAGGACAAAGAGAACUAAGAAGGUUGGAAUCACAGGUAAAUUCGGUGUGAGAUACGGUUCUUCAUUGAGAAGACAAACCAAGAAGUUGGAAGUUCAACAACACGCCAAGUACGACUGCUCAUUCUGUGGUAAGAGAACUGUCCAAAGAGGUGCUGCCGGUAUCUGGACUUGUAAGAGUUGUAAGAAGACCGUUGCUGGUGGUGCUUACACCGUGUCUACCGCUGCUGCUGCUACUGUUAGAUCAACCAUCCGUCGUUUGAGAGACAUGGCUGAAGCCUAA